AUGGGGCUUCUCUCACUCUCCAUCUUCCUCGUCGCUGUUCAGGCUCAGGGAGUUGUGCUACAGCCAUCUAACAGUUCCUACGACCUCUCCGGCUCGUCUUCCUACUUCCGCAUUUGGGGUCCUAGCCACCUCAACGGCCAGCUGCUUGCCCCGCUUACCCAAUCUCUCCUCCAUCUGUCCGACAGCCAGCAAAAGGACUUUGACAUCUCCGGUGCGGUCAAGGAAGUGACGGCCGACAAUCCGUUCUCGUUGCAGAGUUCGCAGAUUGCCUGCAUUCCGUGCGAUCCUUCCUUUUACUCCGCUGGGAAUUUAGACGCUGGCGAGACCCUCGACUACGUUAUCGGCCAGACUCCAGCCGCCGUCAUCCUUUACAGUGACUCGGCUACCCAUUGCAAUCUCACAACCGAUGCCCAAGCGGAGUCUUAUAGCUACAUCUUCACACUGGUUGGGCAAAAUUCGUCUGCUGUCACUGCUCUACAACAGACCUUCAAUUCUCCCAACGAGACUGUUAACAUCAUCCCCAUGUCGACCAUCAAUCCCAGCAUCACCAGCGGUGACGGUGGGACCACCGGUGGCAGCCCCAAUACCGCCAUGAUCAUUCUCUAUAGCAUAACGGGUAUCAUCACCGCACUGUUCCUGGGCAUCAUCAUUACGGGCGCUGUCCGUGCCCAUCGCCACCCUGAGCGGUACGGUCCUCGACGAGUCAUCGGUCGUCCGCGGCAAAGUCGAGCGAGAGGAAUUGCACGUGCCAUGCUCGAGACGAUACCCAUCGUCAAGUUCAAUGAGAAUGAUGGCGUGGACGCCGCCAAGCGGGACGUCGAGAUGGCCAGCACCGACGGCGCUCAUCAUGAGUCCUCACCCAACGGUUCUCAAGAGCACGUCGAUGGCCAAACGACUCCACGUGAGUCCGAAAUGCCGACUACCGAGCAGGGAGACGAUCGCCCGACCCCGGCUCCCGAAGCGAAGACCGACGCAGCGCCCGACGCAGGCAACUUCUCGUGUCCCAUUUGUACCGACGACUUCGUCAAGGGUCAGGACCUGCGUGUUUUACCUUGUAACCAUCAAUUCCACCCGGAGUGCAUUGACCCCUGGUUGAUGAACGUGUCGGGCACAUGUCCUCUUUGCCGUAUCGAUCUCAACCCCCCCAAGGAGGGUGAAAGUGGUGAACAGCAAGAAGGUGAAAACGCCGAGAACGCAGAAGAGACUGUAGCAGAUGGCACCGCUACCGCGACCGGCGACGCAGCCCAAGGCCGCCACGGUCACCGGCUGACGAACUACCUGAACGUCCGUCGCAUGCACAAUGCCAGCGUCGAAGAACGCCUCGCCGCACUGCGCCGUGUCCGUGAAGCAAACCAGGAUCAGGCCGCCGAAGAAGCCUCUCGUCCCAGCCGCAACCGCCUCACCGCACGACUCCGUGAACGUUUCCGUAUCCGCACGCGCGCCCACGGCGUCGAAAGCACUACCCCCGGCCAGAGCGGCACUUCCACUCCGACCGUCCCGGCCCCGGCGCACACAGCGCCGGAGUCCUCCGCAUGA